GUGGCCGCCAUGGAUCCAGGGCAGCGGGAGGAAGACGAGGAGGAGGAUCAGCGGCAGCUCACGCUCGUCCAGAGCCUGAAGGCGGCCGUCCACUACACGGUGGGCUCCAUGUGUCAGGAAGCGGCCGACGCCAAAGGGCUCAAGUUCAGCAAGCCAACCAUCGCGGCCAUUUCUGAGGUCACCUUUCGGCAGUGCGAACACUUCGCCAAAGACCUCGAGAUGUUUGCCAGACACGCAAAGAGAAGUACCAUUAACACGGACGACGUGAAGCUCUUAGCACGGAGGAGCAGCUCCUUGAAACAGCCACACUGGCAAGCCAGCACGUCCUCUGCGAUGCGCCCGUUGUUGGCAUCAUUCCCUGCCGUCGACACCGUCCAGAGCCACGCCAGGGAGCAUCAGAAAACUCCACAAAGGGAAAGGUGGCCCGAGGUUCCCCGUGACAUACAGCCAAUUUCACAAUAA